CUUGUAUUCCUUCUGCGUUCCGCCCCGUACGUCGACGCGGGAUUCUUGAGGCGAUGAAGGCGGAGUCUUGCCGUUGGCGGAUGCUUCCAUAUAGCGCUAUAUCCUUCACUCAACUAUAGAGUACUGGCAGGAGCAUGUGCUCCGGCGAAGGCAAUCCUGACGUCGUCGAGCUUCUCGGUCGAGCCGUUCUCCCAGGGGAUCCGAAUGUGACUGUUCCCACCCGCCACGUCCAUGAUCGUCGCAGCGUUCAACAAUCUCGCUCGACGGGCCAUGUACGCUUGAUUGGAGGUGACUGAUUGCCUCAGCUCGUGCUAUAUAUCAAGGGAGCCGAAGCGAAAAGCAAUUUCUUCGACCUUCAACAAUACCCAUAUGUCGGCCAUGACCCACGAUAUUGGCACCCUUGCGACCACUGCGGCUGGCCAGUACCAGCACUUCAUACAAUUCUGCAUCCAGUGGUCGAGCAUAGCGCUGCUCUACUACGACUACUUGCUCACCCUAGCGGACGAGCGGAAGCUGAUCUGGAGUCAGACGCUGGGCGUAACGACGGUCCUCUAUGUGCUUUGCCGAUACGCGCUCGUUGCGAACGUCUUAUAUCUGCUCGCCAUCGCACACUUGAUUGACAAGCCAGUCAUUGUGGUCGGGAGCCUCAUUCCCCCUCCAGCUGCAAUGCCGCCUACACUGGUAUCUCGUCUCUUAGCGUGCUUGGGAGAGUCGCAGUCCUCAGUCCGUGUACCUGGGCAACACGAACCUGGGUCGUUUGGGACAGAAAGCCGAUUAUCAUCCUCUUCCUCGGUUCUCUGGUCGUCGGAUGUACGGCUCUCGAUUGCUACCACGCUUCCGGAGUACGCUGCACUGGCCCUGCUACUCAUCUUGAGCGACAAAGCCCUGUCCAUCAUGGUCGUCGUGUUCGAAUUCAUAUCCACUGCUCUCAUGGCAUACCGUUGCUUUCCUGCCGUCCGCGAGCAGCGUCGCAUGCGGGCAGCCGGCGCCUUCCAGCGGCCAUUACUCGUAGCGGUCUUCCAGCAAGGUAAAUGGAUACUCGCCGUCGCCUUGCUAUUCGCUGACGGCCAAGCAGGUCUCUUCUACUACUGCGCUGUUUCCCUAUUCACUGUCACCGCACUCAUUCUAAACUAUGCCGCCCCCAAAGGCUUUUUCCAGCGCCUACUCAAUGCUUUCACUCUCCCCAUCUCAGGCCUGCUUACCGCCAGGUUCAUCCUGCACCUGCGAACCAUCGCCGGGCAGGAUGUGAUCAAGUCGCAUGUUGAGCCAGACGAGUCGGUGGUGAUGUCGCGGAUGGACUUCAAUGAUCAGAAUGCGACGCAAGCUUCGUAUGUAUAUCAGUCGCGUACGUUUGGGGAUGUGGGGGACGGAGAUGAGGCGGCGACUGGGAGGGAAGUCGCAGUGAGUUGCGGCGAGGAUCGCCCUCGUUCGUCGACCUUCCCAGUCUCCGAGGACAAGAAGGGCAAGGGGAAAUCAGUGUCGUCUAUCCCAGCCAUCGUCUAACCCCACACUUCACAAACGAUCCGCUCGAGAUCCUGUAAUAUCAAUCUCCCCAUCCCAAUGAAUCCAGAAUCUCAGGAGCGGAAGACUCCGUCGACGCAUACAUCUCGAAGCACGAAUGCGGUACGUGGAGGGUGCCGACGCUGCACCGUGGGCCACGCCAAUGGGAAACCUUGAGCUUCCCUUAUCUGGCUCAAGGCCUGCUCAAGCCCUCGACGCAUCGGCAACUGAAAAGCUUCGAAGUGAUGAAAGCUUCGCCGCUGCGCCGAGGUGGUGUAGCAUAGGACUGUCAGUGCCACUGCAAGGCAACAUGUUUUCUCCAUAGACAGGAAUUUUGUUGGCUCUCUAGACUGCGCUGGCUUGAAGAGGCG